AUGACCUUCCACCUUUUGUCCCUGCCCCAAGAGAUCCGGCUCGCGAUCUACCUCCAAUUACUAUUCGUGAACCCCCUCACCUACCACAGCGACGAAUGGGCCUACCCGGAGAAACUAGCCUCUAAGACGCCAUCACCAUGCAUGUACGAGCCCGUAACGCCCGAUGAGAACGGCAGCGACGACAGGGGGUGGUGCUCAAGACGUCAUGGUGGUGGUGGUCGUCGUCGUCGUGACAAGUUGCCAUUAUUAUUAUCACCCUACCGACCGCACGGGUAUAUCCCUACUGCCUUUCUGCAGACUUGUCGACAGGUUUACACCGAGUGCCGGAUGAUGCCCUUUCGGGAAAACGAAUUUGUUUUUGCGAGGUGUCACAGCUCGGGGGUUGGGCCAGGGCUGGAGUUGACGGGGAAGUUGUCGGGAGAGGACACACCAAAGCGGCCCAGUUCGCAAAAGUGCUCAUCUGGGCCCCCGACUUAG